GAUUGUAGAGAUUGAUGACUGAUUAUAAUAUUGUAAUCUUACCAAUCUUGGUGUUUUGCCUGCAGUUCUUGCUCGAUUACUUAUCAACGAGUGUUUUGUUUAUAUUUAUUUAGUCUUAAAGCUUAUGGACGUUUGCAUAUCAUAAAAGCUUAAUUAUGUUUAGAAGAAAAUUAAUCGCUUUAGAUCAUCAUUCACCUGACAAUUUCUCUAUUAAUGAUGAAAAACAAGUAAGAAGUCUUGUGUUAUGGUUGGAAGACCAGAAAAUACGACAAUAUAAAGUAGAGGAAAGAGCAGAACUGCGUGAUAUUGAAUCUCCUGACUGGCCAAAAGCUUUCCAAAAAUACUGUCACGAUGUGGCAUGUCCUUUGCAAGAGGGUAAGAUGACAGAACAAUUGGAAUGGCUGUUGGGAUUUGCAGUAAGACUUGAGUAUGCAGACAAUUUUGAAAAGUAUAAAAACAUGACAUCUGAAGAAGUAUCAAAGAACACAGUGAAAGCCCCGAAAGUUGUUUCUUCGAAUCCCCUUGAUAAUAUGGAUUUUGAAAGCAACGAGUUCAAGGCGGGCGUGAACUCAUUGGCCAAGCUGUUAGAGGUGACACCUCAUCCUGACCAUCUGGUAACUUUGCGGGCCCUCAGUCGACUUGUAACACAGAGACUGUCGACAGAGGCUUUGGAGAACCCUGAUUCAGCCUUACCCAAGGGCAAACCAUUCCCCAUUCUGGAAGCUGACCUGGGUUUUGACACAGGUGACUACGUUAUGAACCAGGCCGCUAAAGUGCUGCGGCUCCUAUAUAUCCAUGAUCUGCGCCAUCUGCAGACGCAGAUUAACGAGUGUAUCGUAGCUGUGCAGAACCUCACCGCCAACCCCAAAACUGACACAAAACUAGGAAAAGUCGGCUUCUAAGUUCUGUUGUAAUGUGAUAUGAUCACAUACAGAGGUUUUUUAUGUGGACAGAAAUGCAAAAGGGGUGUGUAAUUAAAUGUAUAAUGUUUUGUUAAGAAAAUGUAUUUGGAAAAUGA